CGAUGCUCCACGGCUUCACUUACUGUUCUGUGUAAUGAGAAGCUUUUAUGCUUAUUACAGCGCUAAGUCGUGUUUAUUACAGUUUACUUACUUUAAUGUUUCAUUUGAGAGAAUUUAAAUCCUGGCUGCAGACAGAAGAGACUCACCUGGAGAAGGAGUCAGGAGGAUAAUCAGAUAGCCUUAAUCAUCACCAUCAUCAUCAUCAUCUCCAUCAUCAUCAUCAUCAUCAUCAUCAUCAUCAUCAUCAUUACCAAAAUUGGAUCUUUUUACGCAGGAGGGCAGAGUGAUUCAUAUCCGGGUCAUGCCAGGUGAAGGCGCGCGCGCUGGUGGAGCGGAUCAGCCCAAAGCUCCGGCCGCGCACUUUGACGAAGUUUUAUCCUCGUUCCCUGUUGACGGAGCCGCCUCGAGCUCGAGCCCCGCGUACUUUAUCCCGUCCAACACCAGCCAGGAUAUCUCGAGCCCGAGUCCGGCUCACUUCCUGCCCUACCCAACCCGGAGCGGCCCAGGCGUUUCCAGGUGUGCAGCAUCUCUCCAUUACGGCUUCUCCUCUCCAUCUUCUUCCUCCUCAUCUUCCUCUUCAUCCUCAACAUCGCACUCGGCGUUCGGAGCCGCUUAUCAUCAGUUCACGCACGGUUCCGCGAACCUGUACACUCCUGCAUACGACGGCGCGGAUCUGUGCGCGCGCGGGGAGCGGAGAGCUCAGGUGUACCUCUGUAACCGCGCGCUCUGGCUCAAAUUCCACCGACAUCAGACCGAGAUGAUCAUCACCAAGCAGGGCAGGAGGAUGUUUCCCUUCCUGAGUUUCAGUAUUUCAGGUCUGAGUGUUUCCUCUCACUAUAAUGUGUAUGUAGAGAUCACACUCGCUGAUCCCAAUCACUGGAGAUUUCAGGGAGGAAAAUGGGUGACGUGCGGCAAAGCUGAUAACAACCUGCAGGGGAAUAAGAUUUAUAUUCACCCUGAAUCUCCAAACACUGGAGCACACUGGAUGCGGCAGGAAAUUUCAUUUGGCAAACUGAAACUGACCAACAAUAAAGGAGCAAACAACAGUAACACACAGAUGAUCGUCCUGCAGUCGCUGCAUAAAUAUCAGCCACGGCUUCACAUCUCUGAGGUUCCUGCUGAUGGUCUGGACUCUGAGAGAGAGACACGCACACAGACAUUUGUCUUCCCUGAGAGCCAGUUCAUCGCUGUCACUGCAUAUCAGAACACUGAUAUCACACAGUUGAAGAUCGACCACAAUCCAUUUGCCAAAGGAUUUAGAGACAACUACGACUCGAUGUACACGGCUCCUGAGGGUGAAAGGUUAACUCCGCCCCCUGCCGAUUCCCCGCGCACUCACCAGCUUGUCUCGAGUGCUCGCUACCCGGUGCAGCCGUUCCUGCAUGACCAGUUUGUGAACGCUUUGCCCCCGAGUCGCUUCUACAGCGCUGAGCGCACGCUGCAGCCUCCGGAGGAGUGUACUGCGUCCCACCGCUGGCUCGUGACCCCGGUGCAGCAGCCAUACGAGUCUGAGUUCCUGCCCUACGCCCUGAGCUCUCGUGCCCUCACCUGCUACUCUGAAUCCGCCUUUGCCUCUAUGGCCACUGGUUGGGGGUCAAAGGUCAGCUACCAGAACAAGAUACCUACCAGUUUGCCCUGGUCACCUCGACCAAGUAACAACAAUAGUCAGGACAAAGUACGUGAGAAUGACUGGGCGGAGUCUGUGGCAUACACUGCGGUGUGUAAACGCAGACGUGUGUCACGUGAUGAGUCCAGCACUGAAAACUCCCCACCAAUCAAGUGUGAGGAUUCACAAUCAGACAACUACGGAAAAGAUGUUUCGUCUGGCCACAAGAGUGUGAGCUGCUGCGCCUUCUACACUGCCACCUAAACACACACACACACACACACACACACACACACACACGUGCACCAUGUUGCUGUGAAUUAAUGAGCCAAGAUAUUUUAGUUGAUUGUGUUUGGACGAAUUCUGAUAUUAUCACUCAGUAGGCACGUAAUUAGGCCUCAUUAACACUAACUCAGUUCAGCUGAGUCUAUAGUGUUGGCUUGUUCUGAGCUCCAUAUUAAUCUUAAUAAUGUCCUCAUUCACAACGUAUUUUAAAUUGCAGUAAAAUACUAAUAAUCUCUUUUGAUUUACAAACAAUUUUAAAUAAUUCCGUGUGACAGAAGCCGUCUUUCACGUGCAUGAGCUCAAAGAUGCCCAUGAUUGGCUGUGAUUGACAGGUUUGCUCCUCCGUCCCAGAGACCACACAGUUUUGCAUGCGAUGUGCGUUGACAUCAGACAUGUUUGUGACAUGAUUGGGACUGAGAUUAGAGCUGAGUGGGUUUGGGAUGAACACUUUUCUGUUACAUCACUAAUAAUUCUUUCUCACACAAAUGCUAAGAAAAAGAAGAAAAUCUGUCUCCAUUUUCCACAGGCUGAUUUUUUAGUACCUGAUAGGACCUGGAACCUGUGACCAUUGCUUAAUGAUUUUUGCUCCCACAGCUGAACAUUGUGUAAAAGUGUUCAGGUAGCAGAUCAAACCAGCAUACGGCAGCUUAUGGUGUAAUCACACGUCAUGUCACGCUCAUCAAAUGCAUUCUGUUUGAGGUUUAUUGUCCUGUAGCUCCAAAAUAAUCACCAGCUGUUGCUCCUCUGUGGCUCUUAUUUUAGAUGGAUUUGAUGGCAGAAUUGUCUCUGUUUCCCUCAUCGUGUUAAAAUGAUGUCACGGAAUUCCAGCUUGGGGGAGAUUUUGGGGAUCACGAGUCUUUCAGAUGGAUGAAUCCGAGUCUGAAACAGUGACUCAUUGGUCCUGCAGUUUACACUCAGAUGUGUUUAUAGAUUCAACACCUUUAUGUAGGUAAAAUGACAUGAUCACUGACAUGAUCACUGACAUGAUCACUGAUACGAUCACUGACACGAUCACUGACAUGAUCACUGACACGAUCACUGACACGAUCACUGACAUGAUCACUGACAUGAUCACUGACACGAUCACUGACAUGAACACUGACACGAUCACUGACAUGAUCACUGACAUGAUCACUGACAUGAUCACUGACACGAUCACUGACAUGAUCACUGACAUGAUCACUGACAUGAUCACUGACACGAUCUCUGACAUGAACACUGACACGAUCACUGACACGAUCACUGACACGAUCACUGACAUGAUCACUGACACGAUCACUGACACGAUCACUGACAUGAUCACUGACACGAUCACUGACACGAUCACUGACAUGAACACCGACACGAUCACUGACACGAUCACUGACACGAUCACUGAUACGAUCACUGACACGAUCACUGACACGAUCACUGACACGAUCACUGACACGAUCACUGACAUGAACACUGACACGAUCACUGACAUGAUCACUGACACGAUCACUGACACGAUCACUGACACGAUCACUGACACGAUCACUGACAUGAUCACUGACACGUUUACUGAUACGAUCACUGACAUGAUCACUGACACGAUCACUGACAUGAUCACUGACACGAUCACUGACACGAUCACUGACACGAUCACUGACACGAUCACUGACAUGAUCACUGACAUGAUCACUGACACGAUCACUGACAUGAUCACUGACAUGAUCACUGACACGAUCACUGACACGAUCACUGACACGAUCACUGACACGAUCACUGACAUGAUCACUGACACGAUCACUGACAUGAUCACUGACAUGAUCACUGACACGAUCACUGACACGAUCACUGACAUGAUCACUGACAUGAUCACUGACAUGAUCACCAUGUUAAUAAUUUAAAAGACCUGAACACAGCGUUGAUGUGUAUUAAUAAUCAUGGUAUUCUGUGUGUGCGAUAAUCCAAAUAAUCUUAAAUGUACUUUAACACCUGAUGAAUCAAAGCGUUUGGUUUUUAAACAAAAGAAUCCUGAUGCGUGUUCUGGCUCCAGGUUACCCACAAUGCAUCAGUGUUAAAGCCGGUUCAGGUGUAACAGAGAUUGUGACGUGACUCUGUGAUGGUGUGAUUCUGUUGUGUUUAAUUGUGUAAGUAAAGUUUUUCAUGCCUUC